UUUCCAUGCACUUUAAAUUAAUUUGUGAUAAUCCGGAAUCCGGAUCAAUUUGAGAUGCCAAAUUCUCCCAUUCACCAUUAAAACAAGGGAAUUAAGCAACCAACUAUUGCCAGGUCAAUCCACAUCUAUUUUUCAACAAAAUCUCCAUUAAAAAACUAUUAUCCGCUCUCAGUUUUAUUGAUCUUUGCAAUAGCUUUCCAGUUGGUGGUGUUGGUGGUUGGCAAAAGAAAUCCCUUUAUCCCUUUCUCCGACAAUGCUAUUGUGAAUAUAAGGCACCCAAAUUCGGCCUAACCCACCGGGAAAUUGAUUAAAUGGCGAAUACUCACCGGCGGCCACAUGCAAUUAUGAUUCCAUACCCUUACCAAGGUCACAUCAAUCCCUUUGUCUAUUUGGCCAUGAAAUUGGCAUCUCAAGGCUUCACAAUCACCUUCGUCAAUACCCAAUUCGUCCAUUUUCGAAUUUCGAAAGCCCAAACGCAGAACAAUAGAGAAGACAUUUUCACCAAAGCGCGUGAAUCUGGUCUGGAUAUUCGCUACGCGACGGUUUCCGAUGGUUUUCCGGUGGAGUUUGAUCGGUCGGUGAAUCACGAUCAGUUUGUGGAGGGUUUGCUGCAUGUAUUCUCGGCUCAUGUGGAUGAGCUUGUAGGGAAUUUAGUUAAAUCAGAUCCGCCUGUUACUUGUAUAAUUGCUGAUACUUUCUAUGUAUGGACAUCCGCCAUUGCCACAAAGUAUAAUCUUGUUAGUGUGUCUUUUUGGACUGAACCGGCUCUGGUUUUGUCUUUGUAUUAUCACCUGGAGCUCCUCAAGAAAAAUGGCCAUUUCCCUUCCAAUGAUAAUCGCAAGGACACCAUAGAUUAUAUACCAGGAGUGAAGGCUAUUGAACCAAGCGACCUUAUGUCAUACCUUCAAGCGGCUGACAUUAGCACGGUGGUACACCGGGUAAUUUAUCGGGCUUUCGAGGAUGUGAAAAAGGCAGACAUCAUUAUCUGUAACACAGUUCAAGAACUAGAAUCUGAAACACUUUCAGCCCUGCAUGUCAAACAGCCAACCUACGCAAUUGGACCCAUUGUCUCUGCAGGAUUCAGCAAGCGGACCGUGUCCACAAGUCUAUGGUCCGAGUCGGAUUGCACCCAGUGGCUAAACACCAAGCCCAGUGGCUCUGUUCUGUACGUUUCAUUUGGAAGCCAUGCACGUACCGCUAGUAGAAAAGAUAUUAUGGAGAUAGCUCAUGGUAUUUCACUGAGUGGGGUGAACUUCGUUUGGGUGAUACGACCCGAUAUUGUGAGCUCUGAUGAAACCGAAAUUCUUCCUGAUGGAUUCGAGAAAAGCAUGAGAGGAAGAGGGUUAAUUGUGCAAUGGUGUAGCCAAAUUAAGGUGAUUUCACAUCCGGCGAUUGGGGGAUUUUUAUCGCAUUGUGGAUGGAAUUCUGUACUGGAAAGUAUAUGGUGUAGUGUGCCGUUAAUUUGUUUUCCAUUAUUCACCGAUCAAUUCACUAAUCGGAAAUUAGUGGUUAACGAUUGGAAAAUUGGGAUUAAUCUCUCCGAUAAGGCAUCAAUUACGAGGGAAGAAGUGGCGGAGAAGAUUAAACGUUUAAUGAGUGGAAAAAGUUCAGAAGAGUUAAGAAAUGCAGUUAAGGAAGUGAGUAGUAGACUAGAGAACGCAUUAGCAAGAGAUGGAUCAUCUCAUAGAAAUUUCAAUCUUUUUAUUGAGGAUUUGAAGGCCAAAUUGCAGAAUACAUAUGGGCCUGGGGAUGAAUCAACAAAUCAUGUUUGGGCACCGUAAGCAAACAAUUUAGUGCUUUGUUUAGUUAUAAAACAAAUGGGCCAAGAAAGCCCAUUAAUUUUUCCUCUCGUUUUUUCUUUGUCAUUUUAUCCACCUUGCAACUACUUGUUAAUAUGAAUAUGAACGAAAAGAUAUAUAGAAUUGUUUA